GUAGCAGAUCAUUAUUUUGUAACAUUCUCUUUAAUUAUGAGUAAUAAAUCAUAAAACAGAUAAACAACACAAUAAUUAUCAUAUAUAGAUAUAAGUUAUAACCUCAAAAAUGAUGCUAGAAACAUUGAUAUUGGCAUUCUCAGUCAGAGUCACGAUAACUUAACCUGUCCCCCAGUCAACGCUUUCUAGACUCUCUUCUUUAUUACAUCAUUCUCUGUUUCCUUCUUACAACACUUUCUCCCACUCUCUCUCAUCACCGUGUCUCAAACCAGCCGUUUUAAAAAACAUGUAUCUUCUCCCCCUCCUCCUCCUCAUCCCCACCGUCUUCUCCCUAAACCAAGAAGUCUCCAUCCUCCACCAAGUCAAACUCUCUCUCGACGACCCAACCUCCUCCCUCUCCACCUGGAACCCCCAAGACACCUCACCAUGCAACUGGUCCGGCGUCUCCUGCAACAACACCCCUCUCCCCUCCGUCACUUCCCUCGACCUCUCCAACUCCAACCUCGCAGGCCCUUUCCCUUCCCUCCUCUGCCGCCUCCCAAACCUCUCCUCCCUCUCUCUCUCCAACAACUUCAUCAACUCCACUCUCCCCUCAACCAUCAACACCUGCAACUCUCUCCUCACCCUCGACCUCUCCCAAAACCUCCUCACCGGCCCCCUCCCCCACACGCUCUCCGACCUCCCCCUCCUAACCUCCCUCGACCUCACCGGAAACAACUUCUCCGGCGACAUUCCGGCGAGUUUCGCAAACUUCCAAAAACUCGAGAUCCUCUCCCUCGUCUCCAACCUCCUCGACAAAACCAUCCCUCCGUUUCUCUCCAACAUCACCUCUCUAAAAAUGCUCAACCUAUCCUACAACCCGUUUUCCCCGGGUCGGAUCCCCCCGGAGCUCGGGAACCUAACCAACCUCCGAGUCUUGUGGCUGACACAAUGCAACUUAAUCGGAGAAAUCCCCGACUCGCUGAGUCGACUCACCCGACUCGUCGAUCUCGACCUCGCCCUCAACAACCUCGUGGGCCCCAUCCCAAGCUCCCUAGGCGGUUUAACCAACAUCGUUCAGAUCGAGCUCUACAACAACUCGUUAACCGGUUCGAUCCCUGUUGAGUUAGGGAAGUUAAAGUCUCUGCGACUUCUCGACGUGUCGAUGAACAAGUUAACUGGUUAUAUACCGGAAGAGCUAUGCAGUGUUCCGUUAGAGAGUUUAAAUCUCUACGAGAACGAUCUCGAAGGAGAGGUUCCGAAGAGUAUAGCUUCGUCUCCGAACCUCUACGAGCUCAGGCUAUUCGGAAACCGUCUCUCCGGGGCAUUACCUAGAGACUUAGGCCUUAACUCGCCGUUGAGGUGGUUGGAUUUGUCGGAGAAUGGAUUCUCCGGCGAGUUGCCGCCGGGGAUCUGCGAGAGAGGGGAGCUGGAGGAGCUGCUGGUUAUACAAAACUCGUUAUCCGGGGGGAUACCGGAGGGGUUGGGAGAUUGUAGGAGCUUGACGCGUGUCCGGUUAGCGUAUAACCGGUUUUCCGGUCGAGUUCCGGUUGGUUUGUGGGGGUUGCCUCGUGUUUAUUUACUUGAGCUUGUGAACAACUCGUUUUCCGGGGAGAUUGGGAGGAGUGUAGGAGGCGCGUUGAAUCUCUCGUUGUUGAUUUUGAGUAAUAAUGAGUUUACCGGUGGGUUACCGGAGGAGAUUGGUUCUUUGAACAACCUUAAUCAGUUGUCGGUGGGUGGGAACAAGAUGAGUGGUUUGUUGCCUGAUAGUUUGAUGAGUCUUGGAGAGUUGGGGAUUCUUGAUCUUCACGGAAACCGGUUUACCGGGGAGUUGUCUCCUGGAAUCGGAUCGUGGAAGAAGCUUAAUGAGUUGAAUUUAGCCGGUAACCGGUUUUCCGGUUCGAUCCCGGUUGAGAUUGGGAGUUUGACAGUCUUGAACUAUCUUGAUCUCUCUGAUAACCUUUUCUCCGGUGAGAUCCCGGUUUCGUUGCAAGGUUUGAAGCUAAACCAGCUGAAUCUUUCGAAUAAUCGGUUAACCGGUGACGUACCGGUUUCGUUAGCGAAGGAGAUGUACAAGAACAGCUUCUUAGGGAACCCUGGGUUGUGUGGGGAUAUAGAAGGAUUGUGUGGAUCUAAGGAUGAUGGUAAGAGCAGAGGCUAUGUAUGGCUGUUGAGAUCGAUCUUUGUACUUGCUGGUGUAGUGUUUGUUGCGGGUUUGGUUUGGUUUUACUUCAAGUACACGUCUUUCAAGAAAGCAAGAGCUAUGGAGAGAUCUAAGUGGACAGUCAUGUCGUUCCACAAACUAGGUUUCAGUGAGAGCGAGAUUCUUGAAAGCUUAGAUGAAGACAAUGUGAUUGGAGCUGGAGCUUCCGGUAAAGUUUACAAAGUUGUACUCACCAAUGGAGAAACGGUUGCGGUUAAACGUUUAUGGACAGGAACUGUUAAAGAGACAGGAGGAGACAGUGAUCUAGAGAAAGGAGAGAGAUCUAGUCUCAAAGACGAGGCCUUUGAAGCUGAAGUAGAGACGUUAGGUAAGAUUAGGCAUAAGAAUAUUGUGAAGCUAUGGUGUUGCUGCACCACAAGAGAUUGCAAGCUAUUGGUUUAUGAGUACAUGCCUAAUGGUAGCUUGGGAGAUUUGAUUCAUAGCACUAAAGGAGGAACGUUGGGAUGGGAAACUAGGUUUAAGAUUAUAUUAGAUGCAGCUGAAGGGCUUUCUUAUCUUCAUCAUGAUUGUGUUCCUCCUAUUGUGCAUAGAGAUGUUAAGUCCAACAAUAUUUUGAUUGAUGGAGAUUAUGGUGCAAGAGUUGCUGAUUUUGGAGUGGCUAAGGUCGUUGACUUGUCCGGAAAAGCGCCCAAGUCCAUGUCAGUUAUUGCUGGCUCAUGCGGUUAUAUUGCACCAGAAUAUGCAUACACGCUACGUGUGAACGAGAAGAGCGACAUCUACAGUUUCGGGGUAGUGAUACUUGAGAUAGUGACUAGAAAACGCCCGGUUGCUCCAGAGCUAGGGGAGAAAGAUUUGGUGAAAUGGGUAUGCUCAACGUUGGACCAGAAAGGUGUAGAGCAUGUGAUAGAUCCGAAGCUAGACUCUUGUUACAAAGAAGAGAUAAGCAAGAUCCUCAACAUUGGGCUUCUCUGCACGAGUCCGUUGCCCAUAAACCGACCUUCAAUGAGACGUGUGGUCAAGAUGUUGCAAGAAAUUGGCGGUGUAGAUGAGGAAAGCCGAGACAAGACGAGAGAAGAUAAGGAUGGGAAGUUAACACCUUACUACAGUGAAGAAGCCUCAGACCAGGGAAGUGUAGCUUGAGACACAAAAUUUCUCAAUUUUGGGUGCUUGAAGGUGUGAAUUAGGUCAUUGAAUCAAAGAUUCUCCUCACCUCCCUUUUCUCAAGGGUUUUGGUGUAAAAGAGAGAAUCAGAGUGUGUUAAAUUUUUAUAAUAUAUAUAUAUAUAUAUAAGGUUUCUAAAUCAGGAAGUGUGGUUCAGUCUCCACGAAAAAUGCUGCCAUCUUCUGGCGUUAGCAUGCAUUUAAAUAGUUUCCAUAUAUAGGGAAACAGAUUCUAGGUUCUUGAAGGGAACAUGUCUUAAUCUUUAAAGCCUGGGCUCUCUCGUUUCUGUUGAACUGUUGGAGGCUUGUGUAUGUGACUGCACACUCACAUGGCUAUUAACUUCUCAAACUUUUUUCCCAAUUUCUUUUUAAAAAUUUCAGGUUGUGUUAUUUCCUUUGCUUAUUUUCAUCAGAUCUAAUAAGAUUUGGAACAUGAGAUUAUACCCUUUUUCGCAAACUGCAGGGGUUUAUAGACUUCAUAUCAACGUUCUUGUAAAAAGGUCUCCAUCUUAUGUACUUGUGUAAAUCUGAUUGGUUUUUGGUCAACUAAUCUGUAUUAAAAAAACUUAUAAG